UUAAAUUGUCACUAAAACCAAUCACAACAAACCUCCAACAAAAUGUUCAAAUUCAUCGCUGUUUGCUUCUUCGCCCUCUUGGCUGUGGCUGCCGCUAAACCCGGUGUAGUUGCUCCCUUGGCUUAUACCGCUCCUUUGGCUUACUCUGCUCCUUUGGCCUACUCCACCCCAUUGGCCUACACCGCCCCAGCUGCCGCUGUUGUCGGUAGUGCUGCCUAUGUUGCCCCCUAUGCCUCCACCUACAACGCCCACACCGUUGCCCACUCUGCUGCCUUCCCUGCCGCCUAUGCUGUUGCUCCUGCCGCCGUUGCUGCCCCAGUAGCCACUCCCUUCGCCGCUCCCCUUUUGUUGAAGAAGAGCAGCGAAGGGAGUGGCAACUGGAGCAGCAACGGCAGCAGGAGCAACAGCAUAAGCGGCAGGGAAGGCAGCAGAGUGGGCAACGGUAUGGGCGUUGUAGCUGGAGGCAUAGGGAGCAACAUAGGCAGCACUACCGACAACAGCGGCAGCUGGGGCGGUGUAGGCCAAUGGAGCGGAAUAGGCCAAAGGAGCAGCAGAACUUUAGACUUUGAUCAUUUAUUAUCAAUUUUUAAUUGUCAACUAAAGCAAUCGCAACCAACCUCCCACAAAAUGUUCAAAUUCAUCGCUGUUUGCUUCUUCGCCCUCUUGGCUGUGGCUGCCGCUAAACCCGGCGUGGUUGCUCCCUUGGCUUACACCGCUCCAUUGGCCUACUCUGCUGCUCCUUUGGCUUAUUCCGCUCCUUUGGCCUACACCGCCCCAGCUGCCGCUGUUGUUGGUAGUGCUGCCUAUGUUGCCCCCUAUGCCUCCAGCUAUAAUGCCCACACCAUUGCCCAUUCCGCUGCCUUCCCUGCCGCCUAUGCUGUAGCUCCCGCUGCCGUUGCUGCUCCAGUUGCCACUCCCUUCGCCGCUCCCCUUUUGUUGAAGAAGUCUGGCGUACUCUGGCAUUCAGUAUCAAUUUUAAAUUGUCAACAAAACAAACCACAACAAACCUCCAACAAAAUGUUCAAAUUCAUCGCUGUUUGCUUCUUCGCCCUCUUGGCUGUGGCUGCCGCUAAACCCGGUGUAGUAGCUCCCUUGGCUUAUACCGCUCCUGUGGCCUACUCUGCUGCUCCUUUGGCUUAUUCCGCUCCUUUGGCCUACACCGCCCCAGCUGCUGCUGUUGUCGGUAGUGCUGCCUAUGUUGCCCCCUAUGCUUCCAGCUACAAUGCCCACACCAUUGCCCACUCCGCUGCCUUCCCUGCCGCCUAUGCUGUAGCUCCUGCCGCUGUUGCCGCCCCAGUAGCCACUCCCUUCGCCGCUCCCCUUUUGUUGAAGAAGUAAAUCAGAGAAUGUGAAUUUUGAAUAAAAACCAA